AUGGCGGCCCCUCUGAAGAAGGGCCCGGGCGGGCUGAUCGGGCUGAUGAAGGACGCGUUCCAGCCGCAUCACCACCACCUGGGCCCGCACCAGCCCGGCGCCGUGGACAAGAAGAUGGUGGAGAAGUGCUGGAAACUCAUGGACAAGGUGGUGCGUUUAUGUCAGAACCCAAAACUGGCACUGAAGAACAGCCCACCCUAUAUUCUAGAUCUGCUACCUGAUACGUAUCAGCAUCUACGAACCAUCCUGUCACGCUAUGAGGGGAAGAUGGAGACCCUAGGAGAAAAUGAGUACUUCAGGGUCUUCAUGGAGAACCUGAUGAAGAAGACCAAACAGACCAUCAGCCUCUUUAAGGAAGGGAAGGAGAGGAUGUAUGAGGAGAACUCUCAGCCUAGGCGUAACCUGACAAAAUUGUCCCUGAUAUUCAGCCAUAUGCUGGCGGAACUGAAAGGCAUUUUCCCAAGUGGCCUCUUCCAAGGAGAUACGUUCCGGAUCACCAAGGCAGAUGCUGCAGAGUUCUGGAGAAAAGCUUUUGGGGAAAAGACUAUUGUCCCAUGGAAGACCUUCCGCCAGGCCUUGCAUGAGGUGCAUCCAAUCAGUUCAGGACUAGAGGCCAUGGCCCUGAAGUCGACUAUUGACUUGACAUGCAAUGACUACAUUUCAGUGUUUGAAUUUGAUAUCUUUACCCGACUCUUUCAGCCAUGGUCCUCUUUGCUCAGGAACUGGAAUAGCCUAGCAGUGACUCAUCCUGGUUACAUGGCAUUCCUAACUUACGAUGAGGUGAAAGCACGGCUUCAGAAAUUCAUCCACAAACCUGGCAGUUACAUAUUCCGAUUGAGCUGUACGCGACUUGGUCAGUGGGCCAUCGGUUACGUCACUGCAGAUGGGAACAUUCUCCAGACUAUCCCCCACAACAAACCUCUUUUUCAAGCGCUGAUAGAUGGCUUCAGGGAAGGCUUUUAUUUAUUUCCUGAUGGUCGGAAUCAGAAUCCUGACCUGACCGGUUUAUGUGAGCCUACACCUCAGGACCACAUUAAAGUUACACAGGAACAAUAUGAAUUGUACUGCGAGAUGGGCUCCACGUUCCAGCUGUGUAAAAUUUGUGCUGAAAAUGACAAGGACGUGAAGAUUGAGCCAUGUGGACACCUGAUGUGCACUUCCUGUCUCACUGCAUGGCAGGAAUCGGAAGGUCAGGGCUGUCCUUUCUGCCGUUGUGAAAUCAAAGGCACGGAGCCCAUUGUAGUCGACCCAUUUGAUCCCAGAGGAGGAGGAGGAUUGUUGCGGCAGUGUGCAGAGGGAGCUCCCUCCCCAAACUAUGAUGAUGAUGAAGAUGACAGGGCGGAUGAUUCCCUCUUCAUGAUGAAAGAAUUGGCUGGUGCUAAGGUUGAGCGCCCUCCUUCUCCAUUCUCUGUGGCUCCACAAGCCUCACUUCCCCCAGUACCCCCACGACUAGAUCUUCUGCAGCAACGUGUGUCCAUCCCUUCUGGAGCUUCCAGCCCUGGGACCACUUCCAAGGCUGCUCCUGGUCCCCUCCACAAAGAUAAACCUUUGCCGGUACCUCCAACGCUCAGAGAUCUCCCACCACCGCCCCCACCAGACAGGCCAUAUUCCAUUGGGGCAGAGAGCCGACCUCAGAGACGUCCUUUACCCUGUACACCAGGAGACUGUCCUUCCAGAGACAAAUUACCCCCCGUACCCUCCGGCCGUCAGGGGGAGCCCUGGCCAUUGCGGCCAAUUCCAAAAGCGCCGUCUGCAGCUCUCAGUCCUAGUGACCCUUGGGCAGGAAGAGAGUUGACGAACCGGCACUCACUCCCAUUCUCACUCCCAUCUCAGAUGGAUUCCAGAUCUGAUGCUCCUAGGCAUGGGAGUACGCUCAGCUUAGACACCACAGCGAACUUGAACAGUGGUCCCCCAACAGGCUCAGACUAUGAGCACCCCAAAAUAAAACCCUCUUCAUCUGCCAAUGCUAUCUACUCUCUAGCGAUCAGACCACUGCCUGUGCCAAAACUGCAACCCGGGGAACAGUCUGAAAGCGAUGAGGAUACUGAAUACAUGUCACCAUCCUCUCUGCCUCUGGUGCCACCUGGUCCUGCCCUACAAAAACCAGAGAUCAAACUGCCUUUGGAAAUGACUCCUGGUUUACGAGAGUUGGAGUGUGACCAGACAAAUAAUGUCUGUAUGUAUGAAGCUAUGUACAACAUUCAGUCCCAGGCAACAUCCUCUGACUUGGAGACCACCAACACUUCUGAUGAGGGGGAUAUGGCUGCAGCCAAUGCCAGCAAUGGCCCAGAAGAGUCUGAGAAUGAAGAAGAUGGAUAUGAUAUCCCCAAACCACCUUUACCAAUUGCCACAGCUCGUCGCACGCUGUCUGAUAUCUCUAAUGCCACGUCUGCCUUCAGCCGAAUGUCUCUGGAUUAUGAUCCCAUCACAGGUUCUUCCGAUGGCUCUCAAGUUCCAGAAAGGCCGCCGAAGCCCUUACCGCGGAGGAUAAACUCUGAACGGAAAGCCGGGAGUUGUCAGCAGGGUGGCGCUGGCGGUGGCACCAGCACAUCGCCCCAGCUUUCCAGUGAGAUUGAGAACCUUAUGAGCCAGGGAUACUCAUAUCAGGACAUUCAGAAAGCACUGGUCAUUGCACAUAACAAUAUUGAAAUGGCCAAGAAUAUUCUCCGGGAAUUUGUCUCCAUUUCCUCCCCUGCACACGUGGCCACAUAGCACAUCACCUCCCUGCCUACAACUUCAGUGGACCAACUGCCUGGGCAGCCCACAGCCCAGCUGCAACCGCAAGGAGGAAGGGGUUCCUUGAGAGACUUUGUGCUGAAUUCAGCCCUGCCUCUUAAGAGAAUCAGUUAUCAGGUUUCUGUGGUUCCAGAUUUCAAAGCAAUGGAAUGAAACCGAGCGGAUAGAUGUGUAUACAGCGUGUGUCUUGGCAUCGUUUUGGAAUCCUUCACCCCCGCCUCUUGUCUGGGAGUACAGAUUUGUUUCAAAGGGCAUUGGUAGAA